AUGUCUUGUGCCGUCUGGCAAGCAGCGUUUGUCGUCCUCGCUAGCCCAUGGUAUCGGUGCAGAGCAUGUUUCCGCCGUGCAACCCCAGUGAGGUACUUGUUAAUCGACGACGCAAAGAAGGUCGCAGCAUGCGUGGACCCCGCAGAGGCCCACCUGGUCCUUGCAAAGGCCAAGGAGGAGGGCGUGCAGCUUGUGGCAGUUCUCACCACCCAUCAUCACUACGAUCAUGCUGGUGGGAAUGAGGAGAUGACCAAGCAGGUUCCGGGCAUCAGAGUCUAUGGGGGGCGCCUCGACAAUGUUGCAGCUUGUACUGAUCCGCUGGAGCAUUCCGACAAGUUCAACAUUGGAUCCAUCGAGGUCUGCGCCCUGCACACGCCCGGGCACACUCGUGGAUCUAUAUGCUAUCACUGCUAUGAUGCCACCGACAAUCAGGGUCUGGUCUUCACCGGAGAUACGUUGUUUGUGGCUGGAUGUGGGCGCAUGUUCGAGAGCACACCAGAGGAUUUUCACAACUCCCUCGUUAAUGUACUGGGAGCGCUGCCACCAGAGACUCAAGUCUAUGUUGGGCAUGAGUACACAGUGAAGAACUUGCAGUUCGCCGUCGCUGUAGACGCCGCAAACAAAGACUUGGAGCAGAUGUUGGGAUGGGCGCAGGAGCAGAAGGCACACACAGCUGUGAGCGGCGAGAGGGUUCGGCGAAAGUAG